UGCAUGAAUCUUUGGAUUAGUAUUGAGAGGAAAAAAUCGUUACCUGGCCCUAAAGUGAGUGGGGAGUCAGCGGUUUGGCUUUGGCAAAGCGUAAAUCAGUGUUUAUGUAUUUAUGGGCUGCUGGCAGUGGUUAGGUGCUGGCUGGCACCGAAUGGGGACACAGCAGCAGCAGCAAUGGGUUAAUGUGUGUUUGCUGCAAAGUGCAAAGGUCCCUCCAGGCCCUACACGUUUUGCUCAGCUCCAAUCUCGGCACCGAAGUGCUGCUUUGCAAACCGAUCGUGGGGUGGCUCCCUCUGCUUUUAAUGGGGUCUGCCCCCCUCCCCCACCCUCCCCAAGGCUGCAGGGCCAAGCAGUGAGGACGUGGGGGGCUCCCCCCCUGCAGGCUCCAUUGCCUGUGAGAAUGGAAGCAAUUAACAGGGCGAAGGGAAAAAAGCCCUCGGAGACCGAGAGGCAAAAGUAAAGGAUAAAAGCUGCCUGUAAUUAAAUUUUAUCUUUUGUUUCUAAAUGGAGAAGAAAGGAAAGGAACUGGUUUCUGCCUGUCAUUGUCGACUCUCGGAUACUCAGCUGCAGCGAAGCACCGCUGCCCCAUGCUCCCCUGUUUCCCCAUUUGUUAUAGGGGCUGAGGUGGCUCUUAUGGUCCCCUCACCUGUACCCAGCCCUGGGGAGAGCCACGAGGCAGCAAUAUGGGCAGACCCUGCAGGCAUGGGGCAGAGCCUGGACUGGGAUCCCUGCCCUUUGGAAGGGCAUUGGAACUUGGGAAGGCAUUGCAGCUGGGGAAUACACUGCAACUGGGGAAUGCAUUGUGAUUGGGGAAUGCAUUGCAAUGGAGAACGCACUGCGAUUGGGGCAUGCACUGCAACAUGCCAGUGAGAAGAAUGGCUGCAAAGCUGCGGUAUUCCUGCAGUUUCAUGAACAUAACAUUUUGCAGGGAAGCCCAGAGCAGGACCCCUCGGUUCUGUCACAACCAGGAGACAGCAGCAACCUCAGCUCUGCCCUGGCUGGCACCAAAUAACUGCACUCCACCGAUGGCUCUGCCAAGAGCCUGCAGACACCCAGCUGGCGAGUGGAGGGGGGGGGUUGCUGCACCUCUGCUGUUAAUUAGUAAUUUCUGGGCUAUGUUUGGAGCUCUGCUGACCUUUGUGCACCCGCAGCUGUGAGCGGGGCAGGCAAAGAGGCAGCUGACCCCAAUCAGCCCCAUCGCUGGCAAAUUACUCAUUAAUUUGCUGCGGUGCAGCUAGGGAAACCUCAGCAGGGGUUCGGGGUGGUCAGCGGGCCAAGGAGCCUUGGAGGUGGAUGGGAGGACACGUGGAGAGCUCUGAGGGAGGUGUUGGAGAGGGAAGGGUCCUUCAGGUCCCUGCUCUGCAAUUAACGGCAAUUAGUCAAUGCGCUGUGUCCUGCUCUCAGUGGGACAGCAGAGCGCGUUGUGGGUGCCAGGUGAGCGUGCAAAAGCGUGGAGCAUCCCCAGUGCAUCCCAGUGCCCGUUUGCACGUGGAGACGCGAUGCGUGCACGCCCAACCUGAACCCCUUUGUGUGCAUGCAACCCCCAAACCUGGUGGGGCUGUUCCCUUCGGCCCCAUUGGAUGCUGCUUCAGGGACCCUUCCGAUGGGAGGAUCUCCACAGCCCCACGGUUUGCAGCAUCCCCCCACCUCCGCCUUCCAAGCCUGGGGCAAAGAGCACAGCCCCUCUGCUCCUCCUGCAGAGCUUGGGGCAGGGCUGUUACUCAUUACCCCCCACCUCUGCUUGGGGAGGGGCUGCUGCUGCCUGGCUCGGCAAGCAGCCCCACAUCAUUGCCCCACGUCGCCCUGCGUUGAUCUGCGUUGUCCUGCAUCGCACCUCGCAUCGCCCCACAUUUUCCCUCCAGCAGCAUGGUUCACGGCCAAGGAGGAGUCAAGUUCCAGAACUGGGCCAAGACAUAUGGCUCCUGCCCGGAGCUGUACUUCCAGCCCACCUCGGUGGAGGAGAUCCGGGAGAUCCUGGAUAUGGCCCGGCAGCGGAACAAGAGGGUGAAGGUGGUGGGGGGUGGCCACUCACCCUCUGACAUUGCCUGCACUGAUGACUUCAUGAUCCAGAUGGGGAAGAUGAACAAGGUCCUCAAGGUGGACAAGGAGAAGCAGCAGGUGACGGUGGAAGGUGGGAUCUUCCUCUCAGAUCUGAACGUGGAGCUGAGCAAGCAUGGGCUGGCACUGGCCAACUUAGGAGCCGUUUCUGAGGUGGCAGCAGCUGGUGUGAUCGGGACGGGGACGCACAACACUGGGAUCAAGCAUGGCAUCCUCCCCACCCAGGUUGUAGGGCUCUCGCUGCUGACAGCCUCGGGGGACAUCCUGGAGUGCUCUGAGUCCAUCAAUGCAGACAUCUUCCAGGCCGCCCGCCUGCACCUUGGCUGCCUGGGUGUCGUGCUCACCGUCACCUUCCAGUGUGUGCCCCAGUUCCACCUGCAUGAGGUGACAUUUCCAUCCACCCUCACCGAGGUCCUCAAUCACCUCGAUGACCACCUGAAGAGAUCCCAAUACUUCCGAUUCCUGUGGUUCCCACACAGUGAGAAUGUCAGCGUCAUCUACCAGGACCCCACCAACAAGCCCCCCUCUUCCUCUGCUAACUGGUUUUGGGAUUAUGCUGUUGGGUACUACUUUCUGGAGUUUCUCCUCUGGAUCAGCACCUUCGUGCCCAGUUUGGUGCGCUGGAUCAACCGCUUCUUCUUCUGGCUCCUCUUCAGCUCCCGGGUGGAGAACGUCAACGUCAGCUACAAGAUCUUCAACUACGAGUGCCGCUUCAAGCAGCACGUGCAAGACUGGGCCAUCCCCAUUGAGAAGACAAAGGAAGCACUGCUGGAGCUGAAGGCUGCCCUGGAGAACAACCCCAAGAUGGUGGCCCACUACCCUGUGGAGGUGCGCUUUGCUAGAGCAGAUGAGAUCUGGCUGAGCCCCUGCUUCCAGCGGGACAGCUGCUACAUGAACAUCAUCAUGUACAGGCCCUAUGGGAAGAACGUGCCCCGGCUCAACUACUGGCUGACCUACGAGGGCAUCAUGAAGAAGUAUGGUGGGAGACCACACUGGGCAAAGGCCCACAGCUGCACCCGCAAGGAUUUUGAGAAGAUGUAUCCAGCCUUCCCCAAAUUCUGCUCCGUCCGGGAUAAGCUGGACCCCACAGGGAUGUUCCUGAACACCUACCUGGAAAAGGUCUUCUACUGACAGCACGGGGAUGGGGCAAUGCAGGGGCUGGACGAGAAAUCAGCCAUCAUCUCUGGUUCUCAGGAUACCCCAAAGCUCAUGGUCCUUGGUGGCCCCCAAAUGCUGUAUUCCCAGCUCUGUUCCCAUCUGUUGCAGUGGCAGGCAGCACGGGCUGGCCCUGGGGAUGGGGCUGCAUGCUGGGCAUCACUCCUGGUGGGUCCCUGAGAUUUGCACAGCCCCAAGUGUCUCCUGUUCGAGCCAACAUCUGAAUAAAGACCUUCUUGCCAGCA